AUACUAAAUACUGAUUACAGCGAAUGUCGGCUUUUCAUCUGUCAUAUUAUUGUUCUGUGUAGUUUUGAAUUUGAGUAUUAUUCUCGACGAAUAUUAUUCUAAUUUACAAUAGUUACGAUAAUAUUAUUGUUCAUAAAAACGUUUUUCAUGUUUGAUCCAUAACAUGCACUAGCUCGUUACUAGUUGCGACCUGCUUGUUUGUUAAUAAUUAUUAUAAGGCAGUAAUCUGUUAAACAACUUAAACGUAUUCUUACGUUUAUCCUUGAUUCGGCUGAACAUGUAGAUUUCCUAUUUAAACGCAUGUUUUUCUUCUCAAUCGUCUUUGUUGGUGUAAUAGAAAUUUUAUUUUCAAGCGCUGGUCAUUAGAAAUUUUAACAUAGACCAUGAGCCUAAGUAAUAGCAUAUUGUCACCAAAACGCAAGACAACAUCAUGCGUUAAAAAUAAAAAUGGAAAAAGGAGGAGAAAAAAGUCAUUUUUAAGAAUAUUAGAGAAUGAUGAAGAUGUUGCAGAUGAUUUUUAUUAUAAAAGAAAAAAAUCCAUUAAACAUUCUCAAGUAGAUAUAAAUAAUGCAGUCCUGACAGCACCAAAUGGUUGUAUUAUGACAAGAAAUAAACUAAAUAAACAACUAACAAUUUUCACUAAUGAAAUUUCUUCUCCAUGUCCUGGAAAACAACUAGAUACUUAUUAUAAAAAAAGAACACCUUCAUUAUUUGAAUCAGAUUCUGAACCAGAAAUUAAUUACUUUCAAAUAAAGGAUAGUAUAAAAAAUGAAGUGGAAGAAAUGUCCUCUUGUAUUUCUUAUCCAGACGAUAGAUUAUAUCCUGCAUUUGACAAAAAUGUUAAAAUGAGAACUUAUUUUAACAAAAAGUUAUAUCCUAUUGUUAACAAUAAUUCUAAUGUACAAUCAUUAAAUAAAUUUGAGAAAAUUAAUGGAGAACCAUCAAGUUUAUGUAAUCGUGUUAAAACUGCCUAUGACUCUAAUCAGUGUAACGGAAUUUCACAAAAUUACAGUAAAACCAGUAAACCAUUGAAAGUCACAGAAACUACAACAAGUGUGCAAACAAAUUCUGAGGGUGAUGAAAUUAUUAUUGUUACUGAAUCAUUAAUAAGACAACUAAAAAACGAAUUGGAAAUUACAAAAACACAAUCAAAAGAGACAAUAUCGGUUGAAAGAUAUGAUAAUAUGGACAAUAGUUUAAUUAUCGAUUUAGAUUCUAACAAUUCAUCUACAAUUUCAGAGGAAAUUAUAGAUCCAAGUAACACACAGACUUUCAAAUGUGAUAAUAGUAGUUCAGAUCAAUCUAUAGAAAAUCAUCAUAAUUUUGAAAAAAAUAUCACUUGCCAUCUUUCCCUAGAUCAGAUUGAACCUAAUCAGGAUUCUCAUACAGUAAUUAAAGGUGUGAUAAAAAAUAAACCUAAGUAUUAUAAUAGUAAUGGAAGAUAUAAUUGUUUUCUAAAAAAUUACAAUUUAAGUUCUACCAAUGAUAGUUAUUCAAAUAAAAACGGUAAGACCUAUAGUAAUAUUUUAACUAUUUAUCCAUUUUUAAAUUGAUAAUGAACAGAUACUACACA